AUGCAUCCGAAGGACAGAUUUCUGUUCCGCGAGAUAAUUUUUGAUGAGAACUUGAUUUCACCGUCUUCUAGGGAUGCUUUUGAGGAAACGGCGAUUUUUAUUGACGAACAAAUAUCAGAUCAUUAUCGACUGCAAUCUGAAGAAGCCAUGCUACUCCUCAAACCUCUGCUGGAUACCAAGUUGCAAGUGUCGUCAGCAACUGAUCCUGCUGUAAAAGCGAAAAUUCUUCAUUAUAAGGAGCGUCUCGACCACGAGUAUUGGUUUUUGAGAAAGCUGAACGAGAUCGCUCCUGAUGGUGGUUUCUCCGAAGUAUCUCGGGAGUAUUUGCAAAUGGCCUGCAUCCCUCGUGCCUCACGUGCUUCGAGAGUGAAGACCUACGUUGAUCCGGCUGACUAUGAAGUCUUGCGUGUGUGGACUCGCGGCUUGCAUCCAGCAUGCAUGUAUCCGAUUGAUCGGUCCUUAAAGAGCCGUCCAUCAGCCACUGAGAUUCCAUCAAAGAACGACACCGUCAAUAAAUGGAUAAAUCGGUUGACCAAUAUCUUGACACCGAAAGCGCUUCCAGUGGUGCCCAAGGAUGAUCUCUGCUACGGACAUGUACUUGUCGCCUAUCGUCUCAAAGGGGAUAGUGUGUUGCACCUUCGCAUGAUGAAACACGUUCCAGUUUCGCCUACGGCAGGAAACAGUCACUUUGCAGAGGGAGUGAUUGACAUCCUCCCAGAGCACCGAUUUGUGGGCCUCUCACAGGCAGCCACCCGAGUGGUGCUUGCUUCGGCGUCAAUGGCAGUCGCUGGUCUCUGCGUCCUUACUCCCAUCGCCUAUCUCAUGGGGGGAGGAUUAGGGGACCCGGAAUUGAUUCUCUCGUGGUCGUUCUCUGCCGCUUGCACUGCCGGGAUAACUGCUGCGCUGGUGUCCCUUCGUUAUUGGAAAGCUCGGGCUGACUGGAGCGAACGUCUUCGAAAACUUUCUCUCAAUUGUGAGUUCAAUUCGGGGACCUUUGCUCUGGCUCACCUGCUUGGUUUAGUCCAGUCGGAACUCUUCAAAUCUUCUCUUCUUGUCUAUGCCCUUCUCUUGAAACCGUCCGCAUUUUGGCGCGCUGGCACCAUAGAAGGCGGAGCUCCACUGAAGCGGAGUCAACUGGAAAUCCGGGCCGAGUCCUGGAUAGCAAAGCGCUUAUCUCCUCACAGUCAUAUUAACCUGCCUGCGAGUGCUGAAAAGCCUUCUAUCAGACGUCGAGCCCCUUCAACAUCACCAAUUGGUGCUGAAGAAUUUAAUGGCGGCUCCGGUCCAUUCUUCGACCUCCAAUUUGAUGCAGGCCCGGCUCUUCAAUUGUUACGCCAACUUUGUUUUGUGCGCGGGACAGAUGAGGAGGGUCUCGAGGCGACAGCGGUUAAGCCUACAGACGCCACUGCAAAGAGACUUUCCCCCUUUCUCAGUCCAGACUGCCAAGAAGACGAUCUUGGCUCGCCCCGAGUGGUUAUCCGCCAAUGA